AUAUAUCAUGUGGACCCGGAAAGUCCCGUUUAUUUGAAAUUUCUUUUGGAGUUUGAUGCGUACUUUGAGCCGGCAAAAAAUUUAAAAUUAUAAUUACCAAAAGAUUGCUCUGAAUAAGUAGUUGAAACUGCUACUGCGAACACUUGCAUAUCAUUGAUUCUGCUAGAAGAUGGGACGCAAGGGUUCUCGAUUAUUGCAUUUCUUGCAAGAUGGUUUGAUUAAGAAGAAGUACCAAAAUUUGUUUUUUGUGGAUGAAUCGAAGUUCAUAUUCAGCAUAAAUUUGCCUCACAAAACUAGAAAGUUAAAUAAGGAGGAUGAGCAGCUUUUUAAAGAUUGGUAUGAAUUGAAAGAUGAUGAGUAUGUUUUUGGAUCUAAAGAUUAUACAAUUGCAAAACAAGCUCUUAUAGCUUCUUUGAAAAAAUCUGAUUAUUUUGAAAAAGUUGCCAGCAGUCGUGGAAAGAUAACUUACAGAAUCUUAAGUAAUACUGAAACCAAAGAGAGAAAAGGACUGAUGAAGGAACUUAAGAAACAAAAUGAAGUUAAAAAAGAAGUUCCUCAUAUUGAUAACUCUGUACCAUCAGUAGAAUCAGGAUAUGGCAGUGGAGUAGAUUCACCAUCAAGUGGUAAUUCUAUGGAGCCACUGAAUGAUAAUUUGAUUAUUUCAAGGGAUAAUAAAUUAUCUCAAGCUUUUAAUUCUUUGGAAGCAAGCUAUACUGUUGAAUUGAAGGGUACCUUAUCAUCAGUAGAAUCCAGUAACGGCAGAGGCGGAGAUUCACCAUUAAAAGAUAAUUCUACAGAUCCAUUAAAUAAUGGUGGCAAUUCAUGUGGCAAUGAGUUAUCACAAUCCUUAGAGGAAAACAUCUUAUCUGAUAUUAUGAAUUUAAUGGAUUUCUGUUCUGAGAAUCCUGAGUUAAGCAGUCCAACUUUAAAAGAGGAUUAUCUGUCUGAAAAUGAUUCAAUAAAAAGAUGGAAUUUUUUACAAGUAACAAACAUAUCCGAUGAAGAUUUAAAUGAUUUAUUCAUAAAAGGUAUUGCAGCUUUAAAUCCCAAUGUUUCAACUGCAAAUAAGAAUAACCUUCACAUUCACGCUUCAAAAAUGCAAAGUAUAGGUGAACUGCCUAUGGAAUGUCAAGAUAUCUUAAAUGAAGAGUUGAACAACAAACAAGUGGAAAAUAUUUCAGCUGUUAAUCCUCAUCUUUCUAUGGCUUAUGAAGAAAAUAUUCCCGAGCAGAUUUCUUCAUCACAAAGUGAGAUCAAAAUUAUGUAUGAAGAUGCUUCAUUUAAAGAAACUGAAGGAUUGAAAGCUGACAGAGAAACUAAGUUUGUCAUUGAUCACCAGAUGGCGUUUUUAGACCCUACUGAUGAUUGUUCAGGUUUUUUCCAAACACCGACUGUCUUAACAAGUAUAUUAAACACCAUUGUUUAAUAUAUAAUUUUUGCAUUAAUGCAAGCAUUUGAAAAACGAAUUGAUUCGUUUUCAAAUGAUAUAUGUGUAUGGUGGGAACUUAAAGCUAGCCAAUUAUGUGUAUUGUUUUUAAGUCUAUUGAUUUUAGAAUUUGUACUAAAAUUAUGAAUUGCAGUUAAUUUAAUUUGAAAGAUAUAUAUCAGUUUCAAUUUGCUUUGAUAUAAGAAAUAAAUUAUUUGAUGUUGCUAAAUGUUUAGGAAUUAUUGAAAUUCUGUUAUGUUUUAAGCUUAAGUUCCCCCAUCAACAGUUCUCUUAUGAGAACUGUAUGUUUAUAUUUAUGAAGGCAGAAUUUCCAUUUUUUUGCCUUUAGUACCAAGCACUGGCAUAAAGUCUUAACAUAUAAUUGAAAUUUAUUAAUACUCUUUUUAAGGGUUUGAAUGGUUUUGGAAUUAUUUUCCAUUAUGAGUGAAAAUCAUUAGUAAUUAACAUCUUAAUUAAAUACAUUCUGGAAGUUGUUAAAUUAAUUUAAAAUUUGUUUUCUGUUUUGAGAAUAAUUUCACUUCUAGAAUAUAUAAUAAUAUUGAAAAGAAAUGUUAAAAUGAUUGUUAUAAAAACUAUAAAUUAUGUAUGUCGUAAUGCAGUAGAUACUUUUCAGCAUCUAACUAGGACAAAUUUUUAAAAUGUUUUUAAUAUUAGAAAAAAUAUUGUUGAUAUAAAAAAGAUUUUU